CUGCCGCCCGGCGCGGGGGCUGCGGGGCGCACCUCGGCGCGGACGGAGGCGAGGGGGCCGCACCAGGCCUGGAGACGAGGCGGGGCCGGGUCGCCCCCGCCGCGCCCGCCCUCCCUCCCGGGAUGCGGCGCUGAAGUCCAGCAUGGCCGGCCCGGGCCCCACCUUCCCGCUGCACCGGCUCGUCUGGGCGAACCGGCACCGUGAACUGGAGGCCGCGCUGCACAGCCGCCAGCACGACAUUGAACAGGAGGACCCCCGGGGGCGCACUCCCCUGGAGCUGGCUGUGUCCCUGGGGAACCUGGAGUCCGUGAGAGUCCUCCUUCGACACAAUGCCAAUGUGGGCAAAGAGAGCUGCCAGGGCUGGGCAGUCCUGCAGGAGGCAGUCAGCACUGGGGACCCCGAGAUGGUACAGCUGGUGCUCCAGUAUCGGGACUACCAGAGGGCCACACAGAGGCUGGCUGGCAUUCCAGAACUACUCAACAAACUCCGCCAGGCUCCCGAUUUCUACGUGGAGAUGAAGUGGGAGUUCACCAGCUGGGUGCCUCUCGUGUCCAAGAUGUGCCCGAGUGACGUGUACCGAGUGUGGAAGCGGGGGGAGAGCCUGCGGGUGGACACCAGCCUGCUGGGCUUCGAGCACAUGACCUGGCAGCGCGGCAGGCGGAGCUUUAUCUUCAAGGGCCGGGAGGCAGGAGCCUUGGUGAUGGAAGUGGACCACGACCGGCAGGUGGUGCACACUGAGACACUGGGGCUCGCCCUGCACGAGCCGGAAGCGCUGCUGGCCGCCAUGCGACCCAGUGAGGAGCACGUGGCCAGCCGGCUCACCUCUCCUAUCGUCUCCACCCACCUGGACACGCGCCAUGUGGCCUUCGAGAGGAACAAAUGUGGUAUCUGGGGCUGGCGGUCUGAGAAGAUGGAAACCGUUAGCGGCUACGAGGCCAAGGUAUACAGUGCCACCAAUGUGGAGCUGGUGACACGCACCCGCACGGAGCACCUCUCAGACCAGGACAAGUCAAGGAGCAAAGGAGGGAAGACUCCAUUCCAGUCCUUCCUCGGGAUGGCCCAGCAGCACUCCUCCCACAGCGGGGCUUCUGUGCAACAGGCCGCCAGCCCCACCAACCCCACAGCCAUUUCCCCCAGUGAAUACUUCGAUCCCAACUUCAGCCUGGAGUCGAGAAACAUCGGCCGCCCCAUUGAGAUGUCCAGCAAGGUGCAGAGGUUCAAGGCCACGCUAUGGCUGAGUGAGGAGCACCCGCUCUCCCUGGGUGACCAGGUGACACCCAUCAUUGACCUGAUGGCCAUCAGCAAUGCCCACUUUGCCAAGCUGCGUGACUUCAUCACCCUGCGCCUCCCCCCUGGCUUCCCGGUCAAGAUUGAGAUUCCCCUCUUCCACGUGCUCAACGCCCGCAUCACCUUCAGCAACCUGUGCGGCUGCGACGAGCCCCUGAGCUCCGUGUGGGUGCCGGCCUCCGGCUCCGGUGGCCCGGGAUCAGGGAGCCCUUUCCCGUGCGAGGUGGACCCCGCCGUGUUCGAGGUGCCUGAGGGGUACAGUGUGCUGGGCGCGGAGCGUAGCGAGCCCCUCCGCGACGAGGACGACGACCUGCUGCAGUUUGCCAUCCGGCAGAGCCUGCUGGAGGCGGGUGCAGAGGCCGAGCAGGUGACCGUCUGGGAAGCGCUGACCAACACCCGGCCCGGGGCUCCUGCCCAGGCCGCCGCUUACGAGGAGCAGCUUCAGCUGGAGCGGGCCCUCCAAGAAAGCCUGCGGAUGUCCACAGAGCCCAGUGGCCCAGAAUCCCCUCACAGGACACCCCCAGCCCCGGGCCCCCCAAGCUUUGAGGAACAGCUUCGCCUGGCCCUGGAGUUGUCCUCGAGGGAGCAGGAGGAGCGGGAACGACGGGGCCAGCAGGAGGAGGAGGACUUAGAGAGGAUCCUGCAGCUCUCACUCACCGAGCACUGAGCACGGAGCCCCUGGGAGGGCUGUCUGGGCUGCUCCCCACCUGCUUUUGUAACUUAUUUAUUUAUAAACUCUCUGCUGCUGAGCUUGGGGCCUGGAGCCCUGGAGGUGGGCCUGCAGUGGAGACCUUGGUGGAAAUAAACAGACUUUCAGCAGCA